AUGGCGCGGAAGCGAGGCUUGCAGGAGGCGCUCUCCUGCUUUUCGCCGUUGGCUGGGCCUCCAGAUUUGCAGCACCACACUGUGAAGCUCCACAUCUACGACCUUCCCGGACUAGUUCUAGGCUUGAACACCUGUCUCAAGGGCAUUUUGGGCAUCUUUCACACAGGAGUGGAGGUUCACGGUCGCGAGUGGAGCUUUUCAUCCAACGGCAUUGUCGAAUGCUGCCCCGGAGGCUGUGCAUACCCUUUGUACAGGGAGUCUGUGACCUUGGGAACCACCUCGUUGUCGGAAGAUGAGGUGAAGAUGCUCUUGCAUCGUUUCGAUUCAGCAUGGGUAGCAGCCGAGUACCACUGCAUCCGCCGCAACUGCAGCGACUUCUCUGAGGCCUUGUGCGUGGCUCUCGGUGUUGCCCGGCCUCCUCGGACUUUUUCGUGCUCAUGCUAUCCAGGGAAGGAGGCGGCACGACAUGCAGACCUGAAGCGUGCCAUGGCUGCUCGCAAAUUCGUUGAAGGCCGGCGAGUGGCUGGAGCAAUGAGUCAGGAGAAUUCCAGCCCAGGGAGCACAAGGUUGCCCUCGCUGCUGUGCAGUCCGCAGUCGGGGCAUUCCACAACUGUCCCUGACCUACACAAAGGAGGCAGCUUCCAGGUUGCCACACGAGUGCUGCUGCCGCUGGGCUGCUUGCAGCGGUCGCAAGAUGACGAUUGUGAUCAGGCUGAGGCAGAGGAUCUGGGAGAUCUGACGAGGCUGCAAAGCCACUCAAAUGCACCUAGGAAAAUGUCAGCAGCAUCCAUUGACAGCACCUGCAGUUACAGCUCCGAAUCAGAUCCCUCAGCGCAGCUGAAAGAGGGCAAGCGACGAGGUCGGUCCCCAACUGUGCGGCUGCGUCGCAACAGCGACUGGGAAGUGGUACGGGCCGCGGCGCGCAUGCGCGUGCAGAUGAAAGCUGCUUGUGUAUACUUCCGCAAGAAGAAGAAGGAGGACAUGCCCUGGCCAGGCAGCCAGGACAUGCGCUGGAUGGACGCCUGUGGCUCUUCCAUGUGA